AGAAGAAGGAAGGAAGGAGGAGGAGAAAAACGGAGAAUUAGAAAAUAGUGGAAAAGGAGGGACGGAGGUGGGGGGACUCCCUGACCGGCCCAGCUCUCUGACCUGCCCAGUUCUCCUCGGCUCCUGUCAGCGUGAAAGCAGAAGUUGCUUAAAGUUUCGCUAACAGCUUUCAGUCUCAGCAUGGCCGGAGGCUCGGUGUCAGAGUGUAAGGAGUAUCUCUUCAAAGUGCUGGUCAUCGGGGAAUUGGGAGUGGGGAAGACCAGCAUCAUCAAACGCUAUGUCCACCAGCUUUUCUCCCAGCACUACAGGGCGACGAUCGGAGUCGACUUCGCUCUAAAAGUCAUCAACUGGGACAGCAAAACGCUGGUUCGUCUGCAGCUGUGGGACAUAGCAGGGCAGGAGCGAUUCGGAAACAUGACGCGGGUGUACUACAAGGAAGCCGUCGGGGCAUUUGUUGUGUUUGACGUGACGAGGGGCGCCACGUUUGAAGCCGUGUCUAAAUGGAAGCACGACCUGGACAGCAAAGUGAAGCUGGCUAAUGGCAACCCCAUCCCCGCAGUGCUCCUCGCCAAUAAAUGUGACCAGAAGAAAGACAGCGUCAACAAUUCAACACUAAUGGACAAUUUCUGCAAAGAGACAGGCUUUCUGGGCUGGUUUGAGACAUCAGCUAAGGACAACAUCAACGUAGACGAGGCGGCUCGUUUCUUGGUAGAGAACAUCCUGGCGAACGAUAAAGGUUUGCCGUAUGAGGAGAGCAACGGAGACCGGAUCAAACUGGACCAGGAGACUGUAGCUGCUGAGAGCAAGUCAGGCUGCUGCUAACACUCAAUCCACUCACAUUAACCAUCCGCCUCCCUCUGGUGGGGUCCAGUGAGUUCACCCAGCCUGUGGCUCCAGCUCCCUGAUGCAACCUUGGAGACAAAUAUGAUUUUUUUUUUUCUUUUUUGUCUCUUCAAAGCUUCAGGAACUUCUUACAUUGAUGCCAAUUUGACCUGUGCAUCCAAGAUUCUCAUUACUCACUCUUAUUUUUGAUCUUGCCUCAAAGGUUUUCUACUGCGUUUACUUUGCAUUUGGGGGAUUUUUUUUUUUUUUUUUUUUUUU